AUGUCUUUCUCAUCAUCACUUACUUCAGCCACACUUUGCGGGGCCUCAGUUUUCCCCAAAGCAUUAGCCUGCAGCAUUGAGUUCCCAAGCAAUCUGUCGAGCCCUUUCGCAAGUGCAAAGAUUUGCUUAACUUCAUUUCCUGCCUCUAGGGAUCUCAAGAAAAAUGCUACUCUGAAUCUGACUCGAAGUAUUGCUCCCAUCCAAGGAAACAGGUGUCACGCUAUGCCUGUUGGGACAAGGGAUUUGUUUAUGACUGGGGAGAAAUUUCAGCUUAGUGAUGUGAUUGAAGGGCAACAAUUUGAUAGGGAGAUGCUAAGUGCUAUAUUUGAUGUCGCACGCGAAAUGGAAAAGAUAGAAAAGAGCUCAUCUCAAAGUGAAAUACUCAAGGGCUAUUUGAUGGCUACCCUCUUUUAUGAGCCUUCUACCCGUACCAGGCUCUCGUUCGAAUCUGCCAUGAAACGCCUUGGAGGUGAAGUGUUAACUACUGAGAAUGCUAGAGAGUUUUCGUCUGCGGCAAAAGGGGAAACACUUGAAGAUACUAUAAGAACGGUGGAGGGCUACUCAGAUAUAAUUGUGAUGCGUCAUUUUGAAAGUGGUGCUGCUAGAAGAGCUGCAGCUACUGCCAAUAUACCUGUAAUUAAUGCAGGUGAUGGUCCUGGAGAGCAUCCGACUCAGGCUCUCUUGGACGUUUAUACCAUCCAAAGUGAAAUUGGAAAACUAGAUGGCAUCACUGUGGCCUUAGUUGGAGAUCUUGCCAACGGAAGGACAGUCCGGUCACUUGCAUAUUUGCUUGCCAAAUUCAAAGACGUGAAGAUCUACUUUGUUUCCCCUGAAAUUGUUAAGAUGAAGGAUGAUAUAAAAGACUAUUUGACAUCAAAUGCGGUCGAAUGGGAAGAAAGUUCAGAUUUAAUGGAAGUAGCAUCCAAGUGCGAUGUAGUUUAUCAAACCCGAAUCCAGAGAGAACGAUUUGGAGAAAGGCUUGACCUUUACGAAGCAGCUCGUGGGAAGUAUAUCGUAGACAAGGAUCUGCUAGGAGUGAUGAAGGAAAAAGCUGUUAUCAUGCACCCUUUACCGAGACUGGAUGAAAUUACUCCAGACGUUGAUGCUGACCCAAGAGCUGCCUACUUCAGACAAGCAAAGAACGGUUUGUUCAUUAGAAUGGCUCUUCUAAAGCUACUGCUUGUUGGUUGGUGA